UUUCACCCCCUCUACCAGUCCUCCCACCACCAAAACCCUAGCGCCGCCACCGCCAGCACCACCGCCGUACUUCCAAACCGAGCGACAGCUGCAAUGGCCGGCAAGGGCGAGGGUCCCGCCAUCGGGAUCGAUCUCGGCACGACCUACUCCUGCGUCGGCGUGUGGCAGCACGACCGAGUUGAGAUCAUCGCCAAUGACCAGGGCAACCGCACCACCCCCUCCUACGUCGCCUUCACCGACUCCGAGAGGCUCAUCGGCGAUGCGGCCAAGAACCAGGUCGCCAUGAACCCGGUCAACACGGUUUUCGAUGCCAAGCGUCUCAUUGGCAGGAGAGUUAGUGAUCCUUCUGUCCAGAGUGACAUGAAGCUUUGGCCCUUCAAGGUCAUUGCUGGACUUGGAGACAAGCCUAUGAUUGUUCAGUACAAGGGUGAGGAGAAGGAGUUUGCUGCUGAAGAGAUCUCCUCCAUGGUCCUCAUCAAGAUGCGUGAGAUAGCUGAAGCGUAUCUUGGCAGCACCAUCAAGAAUGUUGUUGUCACUGUCCCUGCCUACUUCAAUGACUCUCAGAGGCAGGCCACCAAGGAUGCUGGAGUGAUUGCAGGCCUGAAUGUUAUGCGCAUUAUCAACGAGCCAACUGCUGCUGCUAUUGCUUAUGGUCUUGAUAAGAAGGCCACCAGUGUUGGUGAGAAGAAUGUUCUCAUCUUUGACCUUGGUGGUGGCACCUUUGAUGUUUCCCUCCUCACCAUUGAAGAGGGUAUCUUUGAGGUCAAGUCCACUGCUGGUGACACUCACCUUGGUGGUGAGGACUUUGACAACAGAAUGGUCAACCACUUCGUCCAAGAAUUCAAGAGGAAGAACAAGAAGGAUAUUAGUGGCAACCCCAGGGUUCUCCGCGGGCUGAGGACAGCUUGUGAGCGGGCGAAGAGGACCCUCUCCUCCAUUGCGCAGACCACCAUUGAGAUUGACUCGUUGUAUGAGGGCAUCGACUUCUACACGACCAUCACCCGUGCCAGGUUUGAGGAGUUGAACAUGGAUCUCUUCAGGAAGUGCAUGGAGCCUGUUGAGAAGUGCCUGAGGGAUGCUAAGAUGGACAAGAGCACUGUCCAUGAUGUUGUCCUUGUUGGUGGCUCCACCAGGAUCCCAAGGGUGCAGCAGCUGCUUCAGGACUUCUUCAAUGGCAAGGAGUUGUGCAAGAACAUCAACCCGGAUGAGGCUGUUGCCUAUGGUGCUGCAGUCCAGGCUGCCAUCUUGAGUGGAGAGGGCAAUGAGAAGGUCCAGGACCUCCUGCUGCUUGAUGUCACACCUCUUUCUCUUGGUCUGGAGACUGCUGGAGGUGUCAUGACCGUUUUGAUUCCAAGGAACACCACCAUCCCCACCAAGAAGGAGCAGGUCUUCUCCACCUACUUUGACAACCAGCCUGGUGUCCUUAUCCAGGUUUAUGAGGGCGAGAGGACCAGGACCCGCGACAACAACCUGCUGGGCAAGUUUGAGCUCUCCGGCAUCCCUCCUGCCCCCAGGGGUGUGCCCCAGAUCACGGUCUGCUUCGACAUUGAUGCUAAUGGCAUUCUGAACGUCUCCGCCGAGGACAAGACCACUGGGCAGAAGAACAAGAUCACCAUCACAAAUGACAAGGGCAGGCUGAGCAAGGAUGAGAUCGAGAAGAUGGUGCAGGAGGCUGAGAAGUACAAGUCAGAGGACGAGGAGCACAAGAAGAAGGUGGAGUCAAAGAAUGCCCUUGAGAACUAUGGGCAGAAAUCACAGAUUUGACCUGAGGCAUAAAUCAAAUCACAAACUGACCUGUUCAGGAAAAAAUUUCACUCUGUUGA